CUGACAUGUGUGCGCGUAACUUGGGACGGUGUGCUGAGUUUGUGUGUGUGAGUCGGGCACACGCCUCAUCAUUUCCAACCACGAUCCACACGCCAAGUAAAGCAGUACAAGCCAUCGCAGCAAAGACAACAACGACAAGAAGUAGCACAACCACAGCCAUGGGUCGAGGAAGAAGACAAGGACAGCAGCGCAAGCAAGAUGCAGCAGAGGACACAGGCGGUCGGCGAUCGGGUGGAUCCAAGUUAUCAUCCAGAGGCCGAAGACGGGAGUUGGCGCAGGACACAAUUCGCAUCAUGGACGUUAAGAAGUACAACACGGAUGACGGCGUGGAGCACGACAUCACAGCCAGCCUCAACGCUGCAAUCCAGGGUACGCGCGUGUAUCUUGAUGAGCGCAAGUUCAAAACGCCCCCGUCCAACCCUGCCCACAUUCUGGGCUGUCCCGACGUGAAGCAAUGCAACGCAUCGCCACCUGCAGGCACAGCAGCGACCACCUUCGAGGUCACCGACGAGACGACAGUGGCUGCCAUCGAGCGACUCGGCAAGACCUACAAGCGCAUUGGCGUGCUCAACUUUGCCUCUGCACGCAACGCCGGCGGAGGCUUCCAAAGGGGGUCGCUGGCGCAGGAAGAGUCGCUUGCCCUGUCGAGCGGGCUGUUUGCCUGCCAGACAAGUCCCAUUGGCGAGCCGUACUACACGCUGCACAACAAAGUGCGCGAUACACGCUACUCCAACACCAUGCUGUACUCUCCUGCCGUCCCGUUCUUCCGCCACGACGACGGCGACCUCUGCGCACCGUACCCGGCUGACGUGCUCACCUCCGCUGCGGUCAACGCCGGCGUGUGCAGGAAGCGUGGCAUCUUCAAUGCGGAGAUUGUUGCGCUCAUGCGCGAGCGCAUUCGCCGUGUGCUCGCCGUCUUCGCUGCCGAGGGCAACGACGUGCUUGUGCUCGGGGCCUUUGGGUGUGGCGUGUUUGGCAACAACCCACACGACGUUGCCAAGGUGUUUCGCCAGCACCUGCAGGACGGCGGCGCGUUUGAGUCUUUGUUCAAGCACGUGACCUUUGCCAUUCCAAACAGGGACAAGGGCGCGAAUGGCCUUUCGUUCGUGCGCGUGUUUGCAGACACGUACGAGCCAAGCAGCAGCGAUGACGACGACGACGACGACGACAGCGACAACGAGGCCCAUGAUGUAGAGCUUGGACAUGCUGAUGCCAAUGUCGGCGAUGCUGGCGAUGCUGGCGAUGGUGAUGGGACGAUCAGCCAGUCAGAAGGUGCUGGCGAUGGCGAUGGCGAUGGUGAUGGUGAUGGCACCAAGCAACCACAGCAGCAGCAGCAGCAGCAGCAGCAGCAGCAGCAGCAGCAGCAGCAGCAGCAACAACAACACAGCUCAUGGGCAACAAGUGGAGACUUCAAAUGAAUUGCAAUGGACUGCGGGUGUUGCUGUCUCUUCUGAUCUUGGGUGUCAGUUGUGCAUGAAUUCAUUUAAUGGCGUGGCGAUGUACAUCUUGUUGCUGGCUUGCGCGCUUGCUUGUGCUUGCUUGUGCUUGCUUUCAUUACCCAAGUGAAUGAACAGUGGAGUCUUGUUAGAAAUGCACGUGCAUCCGCACUGACGCACGCCCAGGGCUGCGUCAUCACAGCAUGCGCUGUACAAAGUUGAGGCCAACCUGCAGGGCGCUGCUCUUCCCAUCGUCUUCAAUCUUCAUCUGUCAAUAAACACGGGUCGGAAGAAA